AUGGGCAAGAUCGUGUUGAUGGAGUAUUUCCGCGUCCCCCCGCGCUGGCUCUUCGUCAAGAUCACCGACGAGGCUGGGAAUGUCGGCUGGGGGGAGGCGUCUCUGGAGGGACAUACUCAGGCAGUCGAGGGGUGCCUAGACGCCUGGUUUGAGAGGUACAGUGGUAUGGAAGCCGACGAUAUCGAGCACAUAUGGCAAAUGUCAUGGCGGACAAGUUUCUACCGUGGAGGCCCCGUCUUCAUGAGCGCUCUCGCAGGCAUUGAUAUCGCCUUAUGGGACCUGAAAGCCAGGAAACUCGGUGUUCCCAUCUACCAGCUGCUGGGAGGCAAAGUGAGAGACAAGAUCAAGGUCUACGCCUGGAUAGGCGGUGACCGGCCAGGGGAUGUCGAAGCUCAGGCACUAGCCCGCAAGGCACAAGGCUUCCACGCCGUCAAGAUGAACGCGACCGAGGACCUAGGCUGGCUAGACUCCCCCUCCGCCCUCGACGGGUGCGUCGCGCGCGUAGCAGCCGUCAAGGCGCUAGGCAUGGACGCAGCAGUCGACUUCCACGGGCGCGUGCACCGGCCGAUGGCGCGGCAGCUGGCCCGGGCGCUGGAGCCGCACCGGCCGCUCUUCAUCGAAGAGCCGCUGCUGUCGGAGCACGCGGGGGCGCUCGCGGACCUGGCGCGCUCGACGAGCUGCCCCGUGGCGCUCGGCGAGCGCCUGCACAGCCGGUGGGACGCGCGGCCCAUGCUCGAGGCAGGGUGCGUCGACGUCCUGCAGCCCGACGUCGCGCACGUCGGCGGCAUCAGCGAGAUGCGUCGCCUGGCCGCCAUGGCCGAGGCGUACGACGUCGCGCUGGCGCCGCACUGCCCGCUGGGCCCGGUCGCGCUGGCGGCUUGCUUCCAGGUCGAUGCGGCGACGGCGAAUUUCGCCAUACAGGAGAUGGGGCUGGGGAUACACUACAACAGCACGGGGCAGGAUAUCACCAGCUACAUCAAGAACCCCGAGGUCUGGGAUGUCGAGGAUGGGUACGUGCCUAUCCUGUCUGGGGUGGGGUUGGGUAUCGAGAUCGACGAGGAGCAGGUGAGGGAGCUGUCAAAGGAUGCGAAGGCGUGGGUCAGCCCCGGGUUCAUCGGGCCGGGGGGCGAGAUCCGCGAGUGGUAG